UCUGACACCUCCCCCAACGUCAAAACUGCCCCUUUGGCUUUGGUGACCCACAGGUUUUACCAGAAUCAACGAGCGCCCAUGCAACUCGGCCUCCCAAACCGGCUCCGGACAAAUCACGGCUCGGUUCGAUUAUAUAAACACUCCUUACUUCCACUAAUCCCUCACUAAAACCAACUUUGUCUAACCUUUUUUCUCGGUGCUGAGAAAUUCAGAGAAAAAAAUGAUUCUCCCAGUUUGUUACUUUUCUCUUUAAUCUACGUGACUCUCUCUCUUUCUGUUCCUUUUUCUUUGCCGAUCUCCUGUAUUCUGAAUCUCAAAUUAGCUGAGUACUGAUAGGAAAUUAUCAAAUCCGAGGCACCAUGGAAGCAGACGACAAGUUUUUGAACAUGGGUAUUCUCAUAGUAGCCACUCUGGUAGUGGCCAAACUCAUAUCGUUCCUCAUAAUGCCCAGAUCUAAGAGGCGGGUGCCGCCAGUAAUCAAAAGCUGGCCGGUAAUUGGUGGGCUCCUUCGAUUCAUGAAAGGGCCCAUCGUGAUGAUCCGGGAGGAGUACCCAAAGCUCGGCAGUGUUUUCACGUUGAACCUGUUUAACAAGAAAAUAACUUUCUUGAUCGGACCUGAGGUUUCAGCACACUUCUUUAAGGCUUCAGAAUCAGACCUCAGCCAACAGGAAGUUUAUCAGUUCAAUGUUCCGACUUUCGGCCCUGGUGUGGUGUUUGAUGUGGAUUACUCAAUAAGGCAAGAGCAGUUCCGGUUCUUUACGGAGGCCCUUCGAGUUAAUAAACUUAAGGGUUAUGUAGAUCAGAUGGUUACUGAAGCUGAGGACUACUUCUCUAAAUGGGGGGAUAGUGGUGAGGUGGACCUCAAAUAUGAGUUGGAGCAUCUGAUUAUCUUGACGGCUAGCAGGUGUCUUUUGGGUCGAGAAGUACGUGAUAAGCUUUUCGAUGAUGUGUCUGCACUCUUUCAUGAUCUUGAUAAUGGCAUGCUCCCUAUCAGUGUUAUCUUCCCUUACCUGCCCAUCCCUGCUCAUCGCCGUCGUGAUCAAGCUCGAAAGAAGCUUGCAGAAAUCUUUGCAAAUAUCAUUUCCUCUCGUAAAAAUGCUGGCAAGUACGAGAAUGAUAUGUUGCAAUACUUCAUUGACUCUAAGUACAAAGAUGGUCGUCCAACUACAGAGACUGAAAUAACUGGCUUGCUCAUUGCUGCGCUCUUUGCCGGGCAGCAUACCAGUUCCAUUACCUCAACUUGGACAGGUGCCUAUCUCCUUCGUCAUAAGGAGUUCCUAUCAGCAGUGGUGGAGGAGCAGAAAAAACUAAUGCGAAAGCAUGGAGGCAAUGUUGAUCAUGAUGUUUUAUCUGAGAUGGACACCUUGUACCGGUGCAUUAAGGAAGCCCUGAGACUUCACCCUCCACUGAUUAUGCUUCUGCGCAGCUCACACAGUGAUUUUAGUGUAAAAACACGAGACGGGAAAGAGUAUGACAUCCCGAAGGGUCACAUAGUUGCAACAUCACCAGCAUUUGCAAACAGGCUUCCUCAUAUUUACAAGGAUCCAGACACAUAUGAUCCUGAUAGAUUCAGUGUUGGGAGGGAAGAAGACAAGGCAGCAGGGGCUUUCUCGUAUAUUUCCUUUGGAGGAGGCAGGCAUGGUUGCCUUGGUGAACCGUUUGCUUACCUUCAGAUAAAGGCUAUAUGGAGCCAUUUGUUGAGGAACUUCGAGUUUGAGCUUGUGUCACCUUUCCCUGAGAUUGACUGGAAUGCUAUGGUGGUUGGCGUGAAAGGGAAGGUGAUGGUUCGUUACAAGCGGCGACAGCUUUCUGUUGAAUAGAAAACAUAAUGUACCUGGGUUCGUUAGCAGUUUUAAUUUAUCUUUUUUAAAAUGUUGGCCUAUUUUGAUCUGUUUUGGAACUUUUGAUUUUAUUUGUGAGCAUUCUCUGGAUUUUAUUUUCUAGUUAAUAUAAUAUUCAUGAUUUGUUCAUGAGCAAAAA